AUGCCCGUGUUACAAGUCACCGCAUACGAGUCUUUGGACUUUGAGCAUGCGAUGCAACACGCAAGGAGCUCACAGGUUUGUGCGUACGUGAUCAGGAAGGCCCUCAUUCGCAAACACUACCUUUCAAACACCGUGUCCACCUGGCUCGUCAAGAAUCCGGAUAGUGUCCUGGCCAAACAUUUCCGUCCCUGUGUCCAUUUCGAACUAGAUUAUGCAGAGUUUCUAGACGAAGCUUUGGUGGAUGCCUGGGACCUGAAUGAGAGCAUGGCUGAAAAUGAGCGGACAACAUCCACAGAAUCGAAAGACUGGUGGAUUUUGAAGCCUGGUAUGAGCGAUGGUGGGAAUGGCAUCAGACUAUUUUCCAGCUUCGAAGAACUCCAGGCCAUUUUCGAAGAUUGGGAGGAAUCCGACUCUGAGCUCGACGAGGAAGCUGAAACUGUUGACCAUCAGGCCGAAGAUAUCACUGAGGACCAACGAGAUGUCUCGAACCAGGAUCACGCCAUGACAUCUCAACUCAGACACUUUAUAGCUCAACCCUACAUCGACCCACCUCUGCUGCUGGAAGCGUACGGCAAUCGGAAAUUUCAUAUCCGUGCAUACGUAUUGGCAGUUGACGCGCUCAAGGUCUUUGUGUAUAGAGAAAUGUUGGCCUUAUUCGCAGCCAAGCCAUAUCAAUCUCCAGGCCACAGCGCAGAUGAAGACAUUCUGGACCUCGCACAACACUUGACAAAUACCUGUUUCCAGGACGAAGAGACCAAGAGCUCCUCUGUCCACCGCUUCUGGCACCUCGAAUCACCUAACAUGCGAUCUGAUUGGAAAGAAAGGGUAUUCCAGCAGAUUUGCGACGUUACUGGUGAAGUCUUCGAGGCGGCUGCCCGGGAGCAGAUGGUACAUUUCCAGGCAUUGCCUAAUGCCUUUGAAGUUUUUGGUGUUGAUUUUCUGGUCGACGCAGAUGCAAACGUUUGGCUCCUCGAACUGAAUGCAUACCCCGACUUUAAACAGACAGGAUCGGACCUUCAAGAAGCUGUUGUCGGAGGCCUUUUCCGUGAAGUCAGUCGUGCAGCCGUCGGACCCUUUUUUGGCAGUGCCACCCAUGCAAGCUCUCAAAUGCCUUUGGUACGAGCCCUCAAUUUGGGCCGUGGCUGA